CUAACGUGCCCGCCGAGAAUGUCAGAGCAGCGACUGAGAGCAGCCCGCCACGUUUAUUAAGGGCAACGAGGAACUUGGUAGAGGACACAGUAUGGUUUUCCUCAGCCUGUCCCGGUGGGUCCGGAGCCGGGGUCCUGAUCGUUACUGGAGGGUUCAGGAGGUGCUUAAACAUGCCCGGCAUUUUCGUGGCCGAAAAAAUCGUUGCUUCAGCUUGGCAGUGCGAGCUGUGCGUCGAGCCUUUGUUUAUUCAACAAAAGCCAGGAGGGCUAGGCAGCACAUUAUGAGAACGUUAUGGAUAACCCGAAUCACUGGAGCUGUUCAAGAACAUGGCAUUAAGUACCCACAUUUGGUUUCUAGUCUUGCAAAAUGCCAAGUGGCCUUAAACAGGAAGGUUCUCUCCGAUUUGGCCAUCUAUGAACCCAAGACAUUUAAAUCAUUGACAGCUCUGGCAAAGAGGAGACGAGAAGAAGGCAUUGUUUCUGCAGUUGGAGAUGGGAAGGAGCCUGAAGGAAUAUUUUCUCGUGUGGUGCAUUAUCAUUAGUCCAAAAACACUUCUACAAACUGUGUCAGGUCAUCAGCUCUUCGGUUUGAUCAGCACUCGAAGAAACAGAGUGAAUCAAAGCCCUGUGAUGUUUAGCUGGGUGAUAUAUAAUCUUAUAUAAUCUUGUGGGUAACUAUAAAUUGCUGAUGUGAAGUCUCCAUUACAGUUCAUUAUUAUAAACUGUAUGAACAAGAGAAGAAAAGGGGAUUGACUACACACAAAUUACUUUUGAUUCCAGUUCUUUUAAAAAUGCCAGUAUAAUAUCUCUAAUACUGGAUUAAAAGCUUACUUUGUUAUGUGGGGGAAGUACACACACUUUAUUCUGCAGGUUACCGCAUGCUGAAAUAUCUUUUAUGUUCUGAUUCAGAGCUGGUUUGUCAUUUACUUGUGAAGACCUAACAUUUUCAUGAUGAAUAAAAUUAUUUCUGCUUUUUGA